AUGAAUUCGGCUCGAUAUCGCGACGGGUUCGUGGACAUCGAUAAACGGCUGCCGGAGGACGUGGUCCCCACCAAUUACGUGAUCGCGAUCUCGACGGACUUCCAGAAAGACCAGUUUCACGGAUCCAUUCGCAUCGACGUCGAUGUAUUGAACGCUCGAGGCCACAUCGUCUUACAUUCGAGCAACCUAACAAUCCUAUCGACAAAAGUGCAUUCCGUGAAAUCGCAAAACGAAGUCCCAUUAAAAUCCGUGAUACCUAUAGAGAAGCGUGGGAUGCUGGUUAUCAAGAUGUUCAGCGUAAUCCCUGCAGGGCAGUAUUCUCUCAGAAUGAAUUUCACCGGAAGUUUGAAGGGAAAAGUCGCCGGGUUCUAUUUAAGCGAGUAUACCGAGCCCGGAGGGUCCGUUAGAAAAUUAGCGGUGACUCAGUUCGAGCCGUUUCACGCGAGGGACGCGUUCCCGUGCUUCGACGAGCCGAGCUUCAAGUCCACGUUCCUCGUUCGUCUUCUUCACACAGAGAAGCCGUUGUACCGCGCGUUAUCGAACAUGCCGGUCACCAAGACGGAAACAAUGGGGGACGAUGGAUCGUCGACGGCCACGUUCUUCGAGCAGUCUCCGCCGAUGUCCGCGUACCUCGUCGCGUUCCUCGUCAGCGAUUUCGAGUGCGUGGAAUCGAGCCUGACGAUCCUGAACGGGUCUAGCAUACCGGUGAGCGUUUGCGUGAGACCGAUGUACAAGAACAAGACGAAGUUCGCGCUGGACGUGGCGAUCAGAGUGAUGGAGUACUAUUUAACUGUCUUCGACGUUGAUUAUCCCAUGCCGAAGCUAGACUUAGUUGGCAUUCCCGAUUUCAACGCCGGCGCAAUGGAGAACUGGGGCCUGAUCACGUUCCGGGAAACGGAGCUGCUUCACACUGACAACGAGAGUUCCUACUGGAAUACGAGAAGCGUCAGCUACACGGUGGCUCACGAGCUAGCGCACAUGUGGUUCGGCAAUCUGGUCACCAUGAAAUGGUGGAACGACCUUUGGCUAAACGAGGGAUUCGCGACGUAUAUGGAGCACAUGGCGGUGGACUUCGUGUUCCCCGAAUGGAACCAGAUAGACUCCUUUCCGUUGCACACGAAGUACGCAGCUAUGAAGCACGAUAGCAAGACCCGAGCCAGACCCAUCGUGAAACGGGUCGAGGAUCCUGAGGAGAUCCAGGAGAUGUUUGAUCGAAUUUCUUAUCAAAAAGCGGCAGCCGUGAUCAGAAUGCUGGAAGACGCGAUCGGCAAAUCGAAGUUCGUUCAGGGGGUCAGAGAUUAUUUGCUAAGACAUCGAUUCCGUAACGCAGCGUCGCGCGACUUGUUCGAGGCUGUCCAAAACAGUAGCCGCAGCGACAUCAACAUCAUCGACUUCAUGAGCCGAUGGACCAAUUUCCCCGGAUUCCCGUUGAUCAACGUUCAUCGCGAUGGUUCGGUUUUUCGACUCUCGCAGCGACGAUUCGCGGUGAGCAAGAAGUUUCGGCAGACCCUCGACGACGGCAGCUGGACCAUUCCCGUAAAGUACAUAACGAGCAGAAUGGACGGCGUGAAGUUCGACUGGUUCCUAGCGAAUUUUUCUUGCGUGGAGCUGACUCUGGAGAAGAAGGUGGAUUGGAUUAAACUGAAUCACAGGUCCGUCGGUUACUACAUAGUGAAUUACACUGAAGACGCUUGGAACGUCUUCCGCGAUCUGUUGUCCAACAACCAUCAGGUGCUGAGUCCUACGGACAGGGCUGACCUGCUGCACGACGCCAUUCUGCUGGGGGACGCAGCGGAUUUGAGUUACUUUGCAGUCAUGAAUUUGACUACUUAUCUUGUGAACGAGACUCAUUAUCAACCCUGGGCGGUGAUCGCUGAGUGGUUCGGUCGGAUGAAUAGAUUGCUGGGGGAAACACGAGUGUACGCUCGUUUCCAGUCAUACGCGAGGAGCCUUAUCGAUAGAAUUUAUCAUCGUGUCGGAUGGCGCGUUGCGGUAGAAAAAUCCUUCUCUAACAGAGAACUCGGCUCGCUGAUACUGCACGCGGCGUGCAGCGUGGGCCACGAGCACUGCCUGGAAACGGCCAGGCGGAAGCUGAGGGACUUUCUCGACGGCAGCGCCGCGGAACCGCUCCCGGCCGAUAUCCGGCCUGUCGUCUACUCGUUCGGCCUCGCCACGCAGCCCGCCGACGCCGGAUCAAUAUUUGAAAACAUGUCGCGGCUACUCGCGGGGGAGACCGACGCGCAGGAAAGGGAUCGGCUGAUCAUUGGGCUGGCCGCCGCGCAAGAUAAACGCCUCCUUAGCCGAUACUUGGAGCAGACGGUGAAAGGAAACUCCGUCCGUAAACAGGACUUCGGCGAGCUGCUGAUCAAGAUGGCGUCCACUCCGGCGGGGCUGGAGGUCGCCUGGAAUUUCGUACGGUCUCGUUGGAGUAGUCUGAACAAAAAAUACGUCUCGAACGGUUACAAUUUGGGACGAGCCGUCGUCGCGAUCGUUUCGCUGUUCAAGGACCGACAACUGCUGCACGAGGCGAAACGAUUUUUCUUGCGCCACGCCGACCUCGGCGUGACGGAAACUGAGAAGAAGAACGCCAUCGAGGAAGUCGAAAACAGCGUUAACUGGCUCACUGCAAACACACGGAGCAUCGAUCGGUGGCUAACGGCCAAUGGCUUCGAUUAAAUUUUCUUGUUUCCAAUCGGGAAUCGU